UUUUCUCCCAUCAAUUGAAAUAUAAUAUAACUAACUCCAUUGAAAACCCUUACUCUCCUAACCUCUUGCCAAUCCCCGAACCCUUGCAAGGCCGACUCACUAAGAUAUCACCCUCCACUACAGAUCAACACGGAGAACAUAUUUAAAAUCAUCCGGAAUGCUAGGUUCUAGUAAAGACCAAUUUAUUCGUCCAGCACAGAUGGGCUUAUUUUCUCGGGUUACCUCUUACCCUCCCCUGGGGCAAGUGACGUGCCCCCAGAGGAUCCAGAAAGCUCUAGGUUCAAAGGAAGAUGAUACUGUUCGGUUUACUGUAGUGAUAGAGUCGAGUCAUUCAUUUCCCGAGCAAUCAUGGGAAGCUCAGAUCUGGCAUAACGUCACUAGCGCAGAAUGGACUGCUCUCUCUCUCCAAAAGUGCUCAAACACAGCAGUUCCUCUUAUGAACAAGCCUGAAUCAGAGCAUAAGUUCUAUCGUCAUGUUUUCUCCGGCGAAAUAGCGCUACCAUCACACGGUGGAUCCGCCCAGUUUACCGUCCGGUACAGGGUCAGCCCAGACACGGAUUGGCAAUGGGUGAACCAACAGCAAAAUGCCAAGGACGGGGAAUUGGUGUUCGCUGCAAGAGAACCCGAACAGGAAAAGAUUAAUCUAGCACAACUGUCUCUAGCAUCUGCGAAGGAAGAGUUUGGCAAAUAUUUUGAUCACCUUUCGCCCAAUCUCGAAGUUGAGUUCCGCAAAAGUGAAGCCCCCGGGUCGUCCCUGUGGCAUCUGUCUGGGAGCGCUGACCCGGCUCAAGAUGGCCAGUCUGGAUUUACUAAUAUGGUCCUUGGAAUACCUUCCCGGACAGUCCGGUACUUUGCUUUGGUCAGGGUAUGGACUCCAUGGCUUGGACCCAGACAUGGACGAGACAAGUUUAGAAUAACAGAAGAUGUCAUCUUGUGCUCAUUCCUUCGGGAGGAUGGAGAGCAUGUAGUGCUUCUGGCUGUUUCAGGAACUAACGACGUUUUAACCGUAUUGAGGUCGGGAGAAAACGGUGAGGUAGUUAUCAAGUCGCAAAAUGACAACGCCUCUGCUUCAGGAUUCCAGGUGCUAGCAUCCACAGCAGCCGACUUUGAAGUAGCAAUAAGUGCACUGAUCUAUGAGGCGCGAAAGCUGGUUCGGCCAUUUGGCGCAGAGACUACUGACCGGAUCCCAACACCAGUCUCGCCUCCUGGAGAUGAUGUUGUACUGGUCGAAAAGGAUCCCGAGGCACAAUGGCUGUCUGAAUGGUACGAUGGUCUCACAUACUGCACAUGGAAUGGUCUAGGCCAAGACUUGACGGAAGGGAAGAUCUUACACGCUCUUGAUAUACUGAAGACUCAUGGGAUCAGCAUCUCCAACCUGAUAAUCGAUGAUAACUGGCAAGCGUUAGACAACGAAGGUGAUUCCCAGUUCAAACGGAGAUGGAUGCAGUUUGAAGCGAAUCCAGACACGUUUCCACAAGGGUUGAAGAAGGCUGUGGAGGCCAUCCGUCGCAACCAUCCGAACAUCUCGCACAUAGCUGUCUGGCAUGCCUUACUCGGAUAUUGGGGCGGUAUAUCACCAGAUGGUGAGAUAGCCAAGAAUUUCAAGACGAAGGAAGUCAAGAUUAAAGAUCUAGCUGCCGGAGGCCCAAUUGCUAAAGCACUUGAGAAUGCUCAAUUCUUUCUGGAUCUUCUGGAAUGCCCAGAAGAUCGGCGAAUAUUCACUCGAGCAUAUCAGGAUGCUUGGUCUAUAUCAUCACUGAGAUACUUUGGCACAAGGGCUAUCUCGUGCAUGUCAAUGUUUCCUCAGGCCAUUUUCCAUUCACAGUUGCCAAACAAUAAACCUACCAUUCCGCUGCGGAAUUCCGAUGACUUCUUCCCAGAGGUGCCAGCAUCCCAUACAUGGCACGUGUUUUGCAAUGCUCACAACGCACUGCUAACACGCUACUUAAACGUCCUACCAGACUGGGAUAUGUUCCAAACAAGUCAUCCAUAUGCCUCGUUCCACGCGGCAGCACGAUGUGUUUCUGGCGGCCCAAUCUACAUCACCGACGAGCCUGGAAACCAUAACGUUGCUCUCAUUAAUGAGAUAACAGCGCCAAGUACCCAGGGAUAUACUGUGAUACUUCGACCUGGUGUAGCCGGUCGCACCAUCGACAUGUACCAUGAUUACAACGAUGGCCAAGUAUUGCGGGUGAGCACCUAUACUGGCAGGGCCCGCACCGGAAGUGGAAUCCUGGGUUUAUUCAACGUCUCUGGUCGUCGCUCCUCAAGUUUGACAUCCCUGAGAGAAUUCCCAGGCAUCCAUGACGAUUAUAAUGUGGAAUACAUAAUCCGAGCCUACACGACGGGCAGGAUAACCAACCUCAUACGUCCAUCCGACCGUGACACGCUCGUUGGAGUUGACCUAGAAGAUAAAGGCUGGGAGAUUCUUACUGCAUACCCAACGCAAGCCUUUACAUUGAGGCGCAAAGAUUCCAAUGAUGCCCGUGAGAGGAAGCCUACAAAUGCCGCGGUAUUAGGGUUGAUCGGAAAGAUGACCGGUGCAGCUGCCAUAGUUAGCUCCGACAUCUACAUAGAAGCGAAUGGACGUCUCCGGUUCGAUAUUAGUCUUAAAGCGCUCGGUACGUUAGGUGUUUAUGUCUCUGACUUGCCCGAUUGGAGCAUUGAGGAUAAUUUUAUGGUUACCAUCCUCGGUCAACCCGUGCCUCAGAAGAACGUUUGGAAGGAAGGAGAUGAGAAAACGACCAAGGUCUUGUCUGUGGAUGUAUUGGCAGCAUGGGAGGAGAUGAAGCUGAGACCCGGGUGGAGCAAUGAGGUUAUCGUGCAGAUGUUUUUAGGCUCAUAAUAUGUAUAACCAAUGUAUAGCAGGCGCACUUAGACAUGAUUUAAAGCACCGUAUUGCCACAAGUAUAGACAGGACA